AUGGUAAUAGAUAGAUUUUUAUAUGUGUUCAUUUUUUUUUCUAAAUCUGAAGGCAAAGUGUACUCAAUUUACAAAAUAGAUCUUUAUGCACAAAACUUCUAUCGGGUAAUCUUGAUUGAUGCUCUUUCUCUAUGCACAUCGAUUUCAAAAAUAUAUCUCAUGUCGACAAUCUUGCAAAAGUAG